UGUGGUGCCGUUGGGAAAGGAAGCAUGAGUUGUUACUUUGGUAGCGUGACGUUAGUGUUCGUAGACGUUGGGAAGCGUAGCUUUUAUAUUUGUGUGUGCUGAGCUGCAGUAGAAACAGCCAUUCUAAUUUCAGUAUUGAAUUGCACGUAUUUUCUUAAAUUAUCCAAGGUAUCUUGGAAUUUUAUUAUACUCGGCCGAAAGGAGCAUGCAAUUUCGAAGGCGUCUUAGCUGUGUCAGCGUUAAACGCAGAGAAUAUAUACGCUUGUGUCAACAAAUAAAAUUACGGCGAUUAAGGUAACAUGCUUCUGAAGGUCAUUACAAAGUUUAUAAAUUUUUAAAUCUUUCAGAAUCACAAAAAGGAAUUUCUAUUUCAAUUAUGGCUUCCAUAACAAACGUUACUAGAGCAGGUCAAGCUGAAAUCCUUCGUGCAGCUCAGAAAGAUGACCAGAUUACAGACACACUCAGUGACCUUGUUUCUGAUAUAAUAUACAUGUUUGCUGGAAAUAGGAGGUUUCUGAAAGCACGGAAUUUGAGGGAAGCCAUAGCAAAGUUUUUGUAUUAUGGAUUCACAACUGUACCUGGUUUCCAAACACUAGGUGAAGAGUAUACAGGAAUGAUUCAGAUUGAUAAAACAAGUAGGAAUGUACCAAGCAAGAUGCUAAGAAUAUCUAUGAUUAUACUGAACUGUGGGGGGGAAAUUUUUCUCCUUCAUUUCCUCAGUAGAUUGGAAAAACAUCUCAAAUUACCAUCUAGUGCGACACAGCUGCGACCAGAAAUUCAAACAAAGUUGCUUUCAUACAUUGGUGUCAUUAAGGGUUUGAUUCCAUAUAUUUAUAGAUUGCAUAAAGGAAUUUUUUAUCUUAAUGGCAAUUAUUAUCACCUUGCCAAAAGACUGACUGGAAUCAAGCAUAUUUUGGUACGGCAUUGGUUAAAAGCUGGAAUACAACAUAGUGGUUUCAAGAUUUUGGGAGUUAUUUCUUUAUCAUAUCUCCUACUGCUUGCUCUCCAUACUUGUAUCAUGUGGUGGAAAUUACAACAUACUUCUGCAAAUAUGUUUGCUGUGCAAGAUCUCGAGUUGAAAGAUUCUGCAAUAUCUGGCUCAAAGGAGCGUUGUGCCCUGUGUUUGGAGGAUAGGAAACACACAACAGUAACACCUUGUGGUCACCUCUUUUGUUGGAAUUGCAUCUUAGAGUGGGUGCAAACGCAACAAAUGUGCCCACUGUGUCGAGAGAGAGUGUUGCCAUCCCGUGUUGUUUUACUUCAGAACUAUGAGCCUACACAUGGAUUAAGGAAGGUAUUUUAAAUGAUGUAUCCAUGUGUGAUGUAAUUAAAGCUGAAUAAAUGGACUUGACUGUGAUGAACAUGAUAAUUUAUCUGAAUUGUGAAGACCUUGAACUAUUAAGAUGGCAUAAGUUAACAGCAUAUAAUUGAAAAUAUAUAUAUAUAUGCAGAUGUAAA